GGUCGAAAGGGAGAAGAAGCUGGAGGAAGAGCUAAUGGCUGAAAGGGCCAGGUUAGAGGAGGAGAGGACCAAGUUUGCCCUUCUGGAGGAGGAAAGGAAUAGAAAGGUGGCCGAGCUUGAGGAUGCGUUGGGCCAGGCUGAAGAAUCUGCCCGGGCAAAGGAGGAGGCCUUUCCCACCUUGGCUGCUGACUGGGCUGCACGCCAUCACACGGAGGUUGCCCGGUCCAUUCUCACUACCCCGGCGGAAACUAUGGACUUCUUCCAAGUCAUGUAUCAAGAGCCAGAGGGUAAGAGGAUGAUAACCGAGAUCGGUUCAUAUGGCUUUCAGUGUGGCCAAAAGGAUGAGAGGUCUCUUCUCUAUGCUCGGCUUCAGAAGAGGGACCCUUCAUUUGAUCCGGCCAAGAUGAAGCUUCCUCCUUUGUACAAGGAAGAGCCAGCCCCCCCUUUCCCUUUACAAUAGGUUAGGGUAGAUAAUGAAAAAACUCUGAAUUU